AUGAGAGGAAGGCGGAUUGUUCGCCAGGCGCAGUAUAGAUGCAUCAGUGGACGAUGUCAAUGUGCCCUAUUUCUUCUUGUUCUCAUCGCCCCGAUUGCAUUUUUGCAGUAUACAGGAUACUUUGACUCUGACGAUGAAGAUUCGAAUUCGCGAGGAGCAAGAUCAUCCUCAGCUGGCUCGGGCCUAAGGCCGAAUACCAAGGUCGACAUGGCGAAUAUAACCAGAAUGGAAGAUUUCAACACAGAUCUUCUAAUCUACAACAGAGUGCCCAAAUGUGGCUCGAUAUGGAUGACAAGGCUGUUAUACAUUCUCGGAGCAGGUGACAGAAAUGAAUAUCACGUGGAAAGUCCGUACGAGCCAGGAGAGAAGCCAUUCUUGACGGGCGACGAAGAAAAGAAGGUUAUCGACCACCUGAAAGAUAUUUCAAAGCCCGGUGUUUACAUUCGUCAUCAAUAUUUCAUCGAUUUCGCCGAGCAUCAGCAGAAACGACCACUUUACAUCAAUGUUAUUCGCGAUCCUGUCGAAAAAUUCAGAAGCUUUUACUACUUUAUUCGAAACGGAAAUCUCGAAGGCGAUGGUGGAGACGUCCCCAUGUCAGAAAGCAAGCGGCUUAUGAAUAUCAACGAUUGCGUCUCGCGGAGGGAGAAGGAAUGUACGGAGCCAAAAUGGCAAAUGGUACCCUACUUCUGCGGUCAAGAUCCCCGCUGCCGCCAGCGUAAUUCCUGGGCCGUCACCAAAGCCAAAGAAAACAUCGAGAAAUACUAUGCUGCCGUUGGAUUAACGGAAGAAUUACCUGCUUCUCUUGCUCUCUUUGAGACUUUAAUGCCUAGAUUCUUCAAUGGCGCUAUUGAUGUGAAAAAAGAAGGCGAGGAGAAAAUCAAAAACGACACUUACACACUCAACAAGGCUUCAUUAACACCUGAAACUGUCGAUUUCUUCAAGACCAAGACAUCGAUCGCACUAGAAUAUGACCUCUACAACUUCGUCAAGGCUCGCUUCGAAACACAAAAGUCAAAAUACAACAUCAGUUGA